CACCGCCAGCUGCAACGGUUUUCAAAAUUACAAGUCCGGCGCCAAACGGAAAAAGCUGAAAAAUUUACUAUUUUUCACAAAUUUGACCCUGUUUCCCUACCGAUAGUCGGCGAAAAUGUCCCUCUUGGUUUAGUGAUCCGUUUCGAGUUUGGGUUCCACAGGUUUGUGAGUGUGCGUCCGGGAAAAUCAAGUUAGAAAGUUUGGGUGGAAAAUGGACGGCAGAAAAAUAAGCGUCCGCACGGCGCGUUUAAAUAAUUUGGUUCUGGGAAGGUCCGAUUGCUAUGGAUUACAGAAGGACCAGCCGGACGAGGACGGCGAUGGUUCCCUGGAGGUUGCGAUUUGUCGGGAAGGUUUGCUGGAUUCGCUUUUUGUGCUUUAUGAGGAGUGCAGCAAGGAUGCGUUGACAAAAAAGGAUAAAAAUGUGGCGGAUUUUGUCAAUAAAUAUCGCCCAAUCAUAAAAGAAACUCGUUCGAUGAGAGUCAAUGUGGCCGAUUUCGAUGUAAAGAACAUGAUCGGAAAAGGAUAUUUUGGAGAAGUUCAUCUUGUAACGGAACGCCAAACCGGAGAAAUUUAUGCCAUGAAAAAGAUGCGCAAAGCCAUGGUGACCUCAACCCAGGUCCGAGAGGAGAGAGAUAUAAUGGCAUCGAGGCGAUCCGACUGGAUCACCUCACUCCAGUAUGCGUUUCAGGACCAAGAAUGUUUGUAUCUUGUUAUGGAAUACCUGCCUGGAGGUGAUCUGCUCAGUUUGAUGAUUAGGAUUGGCGUCUUUGAUGAAGAGCUUGCACAGUUCUACUUGUCAGAACUGACAGAAGCGCUGCAUUCACUCCACGAGCUAGGUUACGUUCAUCGGGACAUCAAACCGGAAAACAUUCUAUUGGAUCGCUUUGGUCAUCUGAAGUUGGCCGAUUUCGGAAAUGCCAUCACAAUGAACAAAGAUGGUAGUGUGACCAGUAUGACACCGGUCGGAACACCGGACUAUAUUGCGCCGGAGCUUCUGCAGACAUUGUCGAUCAGCUCCAAAAGCACCAAUAGGAACCACGAUGUAACGUGCGAUUUCUGGUCGAUGGGAAUCAUAGGAUAUGAAUUUGUAACGGAAGCUACUCCUUUCCACGAUGAGAACGUGAAUGAAAUUUAUUCGAAGAUUAUCGCGCAUUGUGAGGGGCGAUACGCCAAGAAGCUUGAAUACCCUGAGCACGUGUCGGUUUCGACGCACUACAGAGAUCUGAUUGAUCGAUUGGUUACGAAAGCCUCGAAUCGAAUGGGUUACCCGGAGAUAAAAAGACAUCCGUUUUUCAGCGAUGUAAACUGGGAUAAGCUAAGAUAUCGCAUUUCUCCUAUCAUUCCAACUGUUAGCAGUGAUGAUGAUACAUCUAACUUCGAAGAUGUAGACAAAUCGAUUAAAAGAAACCCAUACGCUAACAAACCAACCUUUCCCAUUUCCAAGGUGAACGAUUUUAGCGGACAGAAUUUACCUUUCCUCGGAUAUAGUUAUGUAUAUGAAGAACCUGAUCUCGCGGGUAUGUAUCGCGAUACGGAUGAACAUAUGGUCACUGCUAGAUUAUCACAAAAGAUAAAGGAACAAAACCGAGUGCUCAAGGAGCACGUUUCCGAAAUCCAUCAACUUCAGCGAGAGCUUCUGGAAAAAGAACGCAAAGUAGUAACCGCAAGUGCUCACAGUAAAAUCUUUGCUGAAACCAAAAAGGAAUUGGAAAAUUUACAGGAGCUCCUCAAAGUAAAAACAGCAGAACUGGCUGCAGCAAAAACCGACAUCAAGACAUUGCGAAAUCGUCUGAAGAUUGAAGAAGAGCAGCGACUAAAGAACGAUGCCACCAUAGCCGAUUUGCUUAAACAAACUUACAAAAAAUGGGAAAAGGCAAAGCAGAGUUCCGAUCAAAACUACGAGAAACAGAUCGCCGAUCGUCGCACUGAAAUAAGCACACUCAACGAAAAACUUCGGUCCCAAACCAACGAUCUUCGUUCCAAGAUUGACGAAUGCAGUCAGUUGCAAACCAUGGUGGAAAAUUACAAAGAACUAUUGAAAAAAUCAAAGGAUCAACUGAUGCUGGACAAGGAAGAAUAUGACAAGAAUCAUCAGCAACUAGUAUUGACUUACGAAGGCAAGAUCCUAGAGCUGAAACAAAAAUGGAAAGCCGAAAAAGAAGCCCGCGGCAAGCAGGAAGAAGAAAACCGGGAAUUGCGUUCCCGGUUGCAGGACAAUGAACACACCGUCAAAAGUGCCGAACACACACACCAAAAGUUUGUGGACAAUAUGAAGCGACGCAUGACCAUCCAGCUGGAGGAAGCCAAGCAGGUUUCGGACAAAAUGAGUGAAGAGAUGCAACGCAAGUGUGAAGAUUUGCGGCGCGAGAUUUUCAAGCUACAGGAGCAAAGUGUGAGCAGCAGUGCCACCAGCAGCAACCGCAGCUCCCUGUUGAGCACCCACGAUCAGGAGUUCAAGAGUGCCAACUCGAGCCUGCAAGAGCUGCACGUCCAGUUGGAGGUACAGCUGCGCAACGAUUUGAUCAAAGCCAGAGAAAGUGAAGACCUUCAGCGAAAACGAGCGGACGGAUUGGAGGAGGUUGUCUCCCGACUGGAAAAGAUAAUCGAUCAGUUCAAGACCAACGGUUGUGGUGCUGUUGCUGGUGCUAGUGGCCUUGGCGUGGGUAGUGAUGGAUCUACUCUGCUAUUGGAGCGCCAGAACGAGCGACUGGAGGACAAGUUGAGUGCUAUCCGGGAGCAAUCGAUUAUAGACAAGCAGUCGGCCAGAACGGCUAACCUUUCGUUGUGGAAGUUGGAAAAGGAACUGGAACGUGUUAAGUUGGAUAACUCAAUAUUGCAAAGGAGAGUCGAGCAGGCCGAAGAAAGGGUGAACAAAGCUCGUCUGGAGAAGGAAGAGGUAGAGUUCAAGUCCAAACAGGCGACAGAAGUGUUGGGUGGGAAGGAAAAACACAUUGAUGAUUUGAAGGAAGACAUUCGGCAAUUAAAGGAUGAGUUGAAGAAGGAGAAAACUGCUCGGGAUUAUAUUGAUAAAGGACGUUUGGCUGAAAAAGCUGAAUUGAUAACUUGCUCGGCAAAAAUUCAAAGUUUAGAAGAAAAAUUGGAAGAAGUUAAACAAACGGCUAGUCAAACCAAUGACAAACUGAGAAUGAUGACAUCUGAAAAUUCAAGGCUGUUGCGAGAGUUGAAGGAAUGCCAGGAAGAGUUAGCCGAUGUUCAUGAAACGAAUAAGGAGUUAGAAGCGAAGAUGGCAAGUAUUUCUCGAAAUUUCAACAUGCUUAAAGGUGCAUGCAGCAUAACAGAAACUCAGCUAACUGAGCUUGAAAUAUUGCUGGAGAAGGAAAAGAAGAGCGGUAAGGAAAGUUUAGAGAAAAUAACUUACCUACAAAAACAACUCAAAGAAAAAGACUCAGACAUUACCAAAUUCCGUCAAGAAUUGCAUCAAGAACGUUCCUCAAAGACACUCAGUGAGUCUAGAACAGCUCAGCUGGUGUCCGAAUAUGAAGAGCUUCGAAAGAAAUUCGAAGAUUUACAAACUCAAAUGGUUGAUCAGCAGAAAGAGCUUAUAGAAAAAACAACCAGCCUGUUCGAGGUUCAGGAACGCAUAGAAAUGCUUAAUUUAGACACUUCAAACCUGCAAAAGGUAGUCUCAAAUUAUGAACAUGAACAUCUUAUUCUCAAAGAGGAAAAUGCUAAAAUCCUAACCGAUCUGUUCUUGGCCAAGGAGCAUAUUACUAAGCAGAACAACGAUGCUAAAGAUUACAAAAAUCACAUCAAUCAACUGAAUGCUGAACUAGAUCACGUUAAAUCGGUUUUGGCUGAGCAGAAGCUAUUCUAUUCCGAACGGGACAUUAAAUCAGAAGCCACUUUGGCGCAACACAAAAAGCUCAUCGACUAUUUGCAAGCUCGUGUCGAAGAAUCAACACACAAGAAAAAGAAAACGUUUGCAGAAAAAGUUUUCGGAACCAGUGGAAAUGACAAGAAGGAAAAUGUUCCGCCGAACCCGAUUAUGGUAGAAAAUACCACCAGCUAUAAAAAACUUCAAGAUGAACUACAGAAAGAGCGACAGCGGACGAAUCAACUUAAAGAACAACUCCUCAGAGCGAAAACCGAUAUGAUUGCCAUGCAAGGAACUUUGAAAAAGGCCCAAAAGGAUGAAGAUAAUAAUCAACAUCAAAUAGAUAAUCCUGAAAUUACACAUCUUCCCGAAAAAACCUCUUCCAAGACGAAACAUCCGGAACCACACUCUUCCAAAAAACGUAGUCCAGUUAAGACGACCACCGCAAGUAGAGCCCACACAUUCGAUAUGACCCUGGAAACGCCUUCCUCGAAAAAUCCUGUGCAACUAUGCAGUGUUUGCGAUCGCCACAUCCUGGCCGGACAAGCAUACUGGAAGUGUAAGGAUUGUUCCAAGAACGUGCACCGCAAGUGCCGCUCGGGGGCGCCAAAUAAUUGCCGGAGAGCUUCGGCGUUAAGUGGCGGGCUGAAUUCAUUAGCAAACGAAUUGACUGAAGAUGGCAGCACUGCUUCCCUUGAUGCUGUAUCCAUUGCCGAUCGCCCGUUCGAUUCUAGCGACGAUCAUCCCGUAAGCAGCAUUGGGGAAAAGACUGACAACGACGAAGAUGAGGGGGACAAAUACGUGGGAGAUUUGCUGUUCAAAACUAGGCCCCUCGAGCCUAGAUUGAUCAUUAACGACGUGUACGAUGUAAAUGAAUAUAUCGUUCUGUUAGCCUGCGAAAACGGCUUGUUUUCCUACAACACGGAAACAACCGAGUUGGUUCACAUCAAGGGCAUUCCUAACGUAAAGUCAUUCACCAUUUCUCAGCAUGUGCCAAAGGCGAUCAUUAUUGGUAACGAUGGCGAAUAUCUGUACCAGUGCGAUACCCGUCAUUUACAAAGCCGAGCACAAGCCUCAUCCUGCCUAUCGCCUAAAUUGGAAACGUUCGUGUUAGAUUUGUCGAUUGCGAAUCGAACACACACCGAGCGGUGGCAUUUGGUCGAAAUGAUGGAUGAGGUACCUUCGCAUCAGAUGUCGGAAGUUAUCGCCAUUGCUGCUACUUCCUCAAGAAUAGUGAUUCUUAAAUUUGACACUACCCUCGGUCGUUUCAAACCUGUUCGCGGGCUGGAUACAGUGGUUCCAGUCCCUAAUAUUCUUUUCACCAAACAUACCGCUAUCGUUAGUUCGGAUAAAUUUUUCGAAAUCGAUCUCACAACCUUUGGGGCAGAAGAAUUCCUCGAUAUGUCCGAUACCAGUCUGCGAGACAUAAGAAGUUGCACUCCUAUGGCUUCGUUUAAAAUCAACAGCCAGGAGAUUCUCCUUUGCUUCAAGGAGGUGGGCAUAUUUGUAGACGAAUAUGGAUGCCGAUCGAGGCCGCACAAUAUCAACUGGCUACAGGAACCGCUAGACUUCAAGUACCGAGAAUCUUGCCUUUUCAUUGCCCAUUCUGACUGCGUUCAAGUGAUGUACAUCAGCAAAUCGUACACCAAAGAGCUGGAACGUCAGGAAACCGCGGACGAAAGGAGAGCGUUCGUGAAUCUAAACUCUCCUCCGCGGUUGAUGGCAUUUGUGGACUUUGCGCGAACUUGCAUUUAUGUUGCCUGCGAAUGUGGCUCGUCCAAGGAGCGAGAGAUCAUCAAACUCGAUGGCUACAAGGCGCUACAGACCACCUGCCCCGGCAUCAGCAAAUCCAUGGAAACGUUGUCCAGUCUUGCCAGCUACCCCACCACCGUUGGACAGAGCAAUGAAACGUUAGCUGAUUUGGCUCAAGCGGUCUAAAUACUUAGAUGUUAUUCCUCUAAGUGAGAGGAGAGCAGAGAAUCAGUUUUUUUUUACAGAACUAAUUUUGUUUUUAGUUAUAUGACUCGAUGUAUGGUUAAUUACAAUAAAUAUUUUAAAAUACA